UGGUAAAUAAUUGUUUUUUAAGUAAAGUGCUGUGUGCGUUGUCAUUAACAAUCAUCAGAAAAAAGUCGGAUACGGAUAAUGGGUUUCAAUGUUGUAUAUCACUAUCUGGAUGAGGACAAAAUACAGAAGGAGUUUCUUAUUGUUUUGGACCUCUGGAUAAGAAAGGAAGAGACAAAAAAAGUGCUAUGUGACGACAAAGGUAAUCCUCUUUACCACGACAAUGGUGAGGUGAAGGAGGCGGUAUUCAACAGUUAUGUCUUCAAAUGGCCGACUACCUCUGGCCCUUGGUCUAAUACGAAAUUGAGGGAACUCUACCGAAAAAAGGAGAUCCCGGACUCUACAUGGGAAGAAUAUAAUUGUUGCUUUGUGAAGAGAAAAGAAACUUAUGCAACUGCUGAGAAGAUACUUCGGGCCUGCCAGGAAGCAGAGCGUAAAGGGGAAAGCAUUGCUGAGGCUGCCAAAUCUGCUGACGACGAACCACCGCCAAAGGAGACAAGGAAAUUUCGAGCCCUAAGAGCCGAGGAAGCAUCAAGGAAAGUAGCAUGGCCUCCAAGAAGGAAGAGGCGUUCUGGUCCCAGCCUUUGUAGAGUUGAGGACCUUCAUAGCCCUACCAUUUCAGACUCAGAGGAUGGCAGCCCUCCCCAUCACAAGGGUACCGACUUAGAGUCCGAUGAUGACUUGGACGAUAGUGUCCUUCAAUCCAAUCAGAAUGCCCUUACCUCCCUACAACAAUCCCUCAACAACACCAACUCUACACCUAGUGCUUCCCCACUGCUACCUCCGCCAUCAACCCCACUCGCCUCCACCCCCAAAAGAAGGAAGAUGAAGGAUGAGGAUGAAAUCCUAAGGAAACUGUAUCCAGGUGUAGACUUGGACAAGCCUAUAACAGGAAGGGAUUUUCUGAAAUGCCAUCGCAUCUUAAUGAAGGCUGUUCUACAGUUGAAGGGAACAUACUCUUCCCAACCAUUGUGUGAGAAUGAGGUUUCCGGCGGAACUUCCGAGGAAGCAGAUGAUAUUUUGCGACAGUGGCCUGUAAUGGACAAAGAUGCCUUCACUACUCUGGAGGCAGCCCUGUUCUCUAGACGGGAGGAAGAAGUGCAGUUGGAGGGAUCCGGAUCCUCCAAGAAAGGGAAAUAUAAAUCCAUGGUAUGUGAUUGUCUCCGUUCUCCCAACUACGUGUUACAAGUAAAAAUUCUUCUCAUGUUACAGUUGAAGGCCAUCAUUGCAGAAGAAAAGUUUAUUCACAAAAACGUGGAGGGAAUGAUUCCCAAGUUGUUGAAGGCGAUGUUUUCAGUUCAGGUACAACCUCACUUCGUGUUCAGCAGUAAGAGUACUACCAAGAAUCCAGAUACUAUUCGCUUCGAAGUGACUGAAUCAUACAUGGUGGUCAAAGAUGUUGUUCUACUAAAACAUCCCAGCGCCGACAUUCUCACUAUAAGAGAGAAAAUAAAAACUUGGUGGGAUCAUAAAAGCGACAGAACUAAGGGGAUUGCAAAGAAUGAUUGA